AUGGCCGUUUCUAUGAGAGAUUUGGAUCCAGCUUUCAAGGGAGCUGGACAAAAGGCUGCUCUUGAAAUAUGGCGUAUUGAGAAUUUUAAUCCGGUUCCCGUCCCUCAGUCUUCUUAUGGAAAGUUUUUCACCGGGGACUCCUAUGUAAUCUUGAAGUCAACUACUUCAAAAAGUGGUCUGCGUCAUGAUAUCCAUUACUGGCUUGGUAAAGACACCAGUCAGGAUGAAGCUGGUGUUGCAGCCAUCAAGACAGUUGAGUUGGAUGCAGCUUUAGGAGGACGGGCUGUUCAGUAUCGUGAAGUGCAGGGUCAUGAAACUGAAAAAUUCCUAUCUUAUUUUAAACCAUGUAUCAUACCUCAAGAAGGUGGAGUUGCCUCAGGUUUUAAACACGUUGAGGCUGAACAACAUAAGACACGGUUGUUUGUAUGCAAAGGGAAACAUGUUGUACAUGUCAAAGAGGUUCCUUUUGUUCGAUCAUCACUCAACCAUGAUGAUGUUUUUAUUCUGGAUACUGAGUCCAAAAUCUUCCAAUUUAAUGGUUCCAAUUCAAGUAUUCAAGAAAGGGCUAAAGCUUUGGAAGUUGUACAGUAUAUUAAGGAUACCUACCACGAUGGAAAAUGUGAGAUAGCUGCUAUUGAGGAUGGAAAGUUGAUGGCUGAUUCUGAAACCGGAGAAUUCUGGGGUUGCUUUGGGGGCUUUGCUCCUCUUCCACGGAAAACAGUCAGUGAUGAUGAUAAGCUUACUGAUUCUCACCCUCCAAAGCUACUUUGUGUGGAAAAGGGGAAGGCAGAACCUAUUGAAACCGACUCUUUGACAAAGGAUUUACUGGACACAAACAAAUGCUAUAUUCUCGAUUGUGGGUUGGAAGUGUUUGCCUGGAUGGGAAGAAGCACAUCUCUGGAUGAAAGAAAAAGUGCAAGUGGAACUGCAGAUGAGUUAGUCAGUGUCACUAGUCGACCAAAGUCCCAAAUAAUUCGUGUAAUUGAAGGAUUUGAAACAGUAAUGUUUAGGUCCAAGUUUGAUUCUUGGCCCCAGGCAGCUCAUGUAACAAUGUCUGAAGAUGGUCGUGGCAAGGUAGCAGCACUUCUAAAACGUCAAGGAUUGGAUGUCAAGGGUCUCUUGAAAGCUGAGCCAGUAAAAGAAGAACCUCAGCCCUACAUAGAUUGCACAGGACAUUUGCAGGUUUGGCGUGUGAAUGGUCAAGAAAAGAUUCUUCUUCCAGCCGCUGAUCAGUCAAAAUUUUAUAGUGGAGAUUGCUACAUCUUUCAAUAUUCAUAUCCUGGAGAUGAUAAGGAAGAAUAUCUUGUAGGAACAUGGAUUGGAAAGACUAGCGUUGAGGAGGAGAGAGCUUCUGGUCUUUCACUAGCAAGCAAAAUGGUUGAGUCAAUGAAGUUUAUUCCUUCCCAGGCUUGUAUAUAUGAAGGCAGUGAACCAAUUCAAUUUCAUGCGAUCCUCCAGAGCUUUAUUGUUUUUAAGGGUGGACUUAGUGAUGGAUACAAGAAUUAUGUUGCGGAGAAGGAAAUUCCAGAUGAGACAUACACUGAGGAUGGUGUUGCAUUAUUUCGCAUUCAGGGCUCUGGACCAGACAAUAUGCAAGCUAUACAAGUGGAACCAGUUACUUCCUCCUUGAAUUCCUCUUAUUGCUACAUACUUCACAGUGGGCCUACUGUUUUUAUUUGGUCCGGAAGUUUAACGACUUCAGAUGACCAGGAUCUUGUUGAGAGAAUGCUGGAUUUGAUAAAGCCAGAUUUUCAAUGCAGACCGCAAAAGGAAGGUGCAGAAUCUGAACAUUUUUGGGAUUUGUUAGGAGGGAAAUCAGAAUAUCCCAGUCAAAAGAUUGUGAGGGAUGAUGAAAAUGACCCUCACCUAUUUUCUUGCUACUUCUCAGAAGGUAAGGACUAUUUUCUUGUCACAGAGAUAUACAACUUUUCACAGGAUGAUUUGAUGACAGAAGAUAUUUUCAUCUUGGAUUGUCACUCUGAAAUCUUUGUCUGGGUUGGCCAGCAGGUUGACUCAAAGAGUAGAAUGCAGGCUCUAACAAUUGGUGAGAAAUUUCUUGAGCAUGAUUUUCUUCUAGAAACACUAUCUCGUGAAACUCCAAUAUAUAUUGUCAUGGAAGGUAGUGAGCCACCUUUCUUCACUCGCUUCUUUAAAUGGGACUCUGCAAAAUCUGCAAUGCUAGGAAACUCAUUUCAAAGGAAGCUUGCAAUUGUGAAAAAUGGGGGUACGCCACUUUUGGUUAAACAUAAACGAAGAGCAUCGGUAUCUUAUGGGGGAAGGGUUGGUGGUGUGCCAGAUAAAUCCCAGCGUUCCCGCAGCAUGUCCGUCAGUCCUGAUCGUGUUCGUGUGAGGGGCAGAUCUCCAGCCUUUAAUGCACUGGCAGCAAAUUUUGAGAACCCAGGUGUUAGGAACCUUUCAACUCCACCUCCAAUGAUUAGAAAACUGUACCCAAAAUCAAUGACACCAGAUACAUCAAAACUGGCACCUAAAUCUUCAGCCAUAGCUCGUCUUAGUUCAAGUUUUGAACUACAUUCAGCACGAGAAAAUUUGAUUCCUAGGUCACUAAGAGGUAUGCAUUCAGCUACCCAGAAAUCAAACCCCGAGACAAAUGUCAAGGAAGAUUCUAUGAGCAGCAGAAUAGAAUCUCUUACUAUACAUGAAGAUGUAAAAGAGGGUGAAGCUGAAGAUGAUGAAGGUCUCCCAAUUUACCCAUAUGAACGCAUUAACACAGCUUCUACAGAUCCUGUAGCAGAUAUUGACGUGACUAGACGAGAGGUUUAUCUGUCCUCUGCAGAGUUCCAAGAGAAAUUAGGGAUGGAUAAGAAUGAAUUUUACAAGUUGCCAAAAUGGAAACAGAACAAACUCAAAAUGGCCGUUCAGUUGUUCUAA